AUGUGGAACUUCAUGGGGAACUUGGUUUUCAAAGAUUCUGACAUUCUGAGACAUCCCGUCAUGGCCUCAGACAUUCUUGGCACCAACCUUAUCACAAAAUCAGGACCAAGUCUGAUCGCCAUCCUACUGAGAGGGCACAAUAUAUGUCUAAUUGAAUAUCAUUUGCAAGCUGAGACUCAUAAGGACGAAGAAAACUGUCAGCGUGAACAGGCCAACAAAGCUCUGCAACAGCAAGAGAAGGCUCGACAAAAGGCCAGCCAAGCAUCAGAAUGUGAAGCAUACAAGAUUCACGGAUGUGCAGCACUUACUGAUUCCACAUCUCAAGCAUCUGCAUCCCCAUUGGUUCAUGAUCCUGCAUUUACCAGCCAGACUGUUUCAACCCCUGUAAGGGACUCAAGACUUGUUGCAUGUCAAAGUGUGGUGCCACCUGCACUGAGCAGGAUUUCUUCGACCGGCAAGACUCUGCGCCUCAAUACCCUGACACCUGAAAAGGCAGCUGAACUGUUGCAUCUGCGUGAGGCUGUUGUAGGUAAACAACUUUUGCUGGACACUACACGAAGUCCGAUGUUUUUUGGGUUUUGGGUUAGUGGGUUUUGGCAGGUUUCGUUGGAUAUCAUCAGUGAAGAACUACAGAUAUCUAAUGACCUCCUCCUACUCGGAGGUAGAAAGGUAUGA